ACAUUCAAUUAAAUACAUACAGACAGAUACCUUCUAUCAAAUACAUCCAAUUAAACACGUACAACUAGAUACUUUCUAUCAAACACACCCAAUCAAAGACAAACUGGUGUAUUGACGUUUUUACCCCUCAACCUUUUCACCCUUUGACCAAUCCACCACCCCAGAACGUGCAUUAUGGACAUGGAUCAGAGAGAUGACGGGGACAACCCGAAGAAGAGACUGAGAAUCUCCCAGGCGUGCGACUACUGCCGUAAAAAGAAGAUCAAGUGCGACGGUAAUAAUCUGUGCCAAAACUGUGCCAACUUCAAGAUUACGUGUUUGUACACCCAUGUGGAAAAAAAGCGCCAAGCAAACAGCGCCACCAAGAAGUCCUCCAGCUCCAAGUCCGUCACCGAGCUUGGGAACCGGUUGUCCAAGAUGGAAAGCUUGAUGGAGUUACUCGUGAGCAAGUUAGACGGGACGGUGAAGAUUCCUAACGUUUCAGCGCUGCCAGCGUACGACAAGUCGGAUGGUAGCGACGAUGAAGAUAACUCUACCCAGCUGGACAUCCAAUCAGACGCGCCGACCAGAUACGUGCAUCCAGCAAAGGACAGGUACAGAGCCAAGGGACCAGAUACUCCUUCGUGGGAUAGCAUGAAGAACAACUUUACGAUCAGAAAUAAUAAUUUGGACCAACAGCCUGUGACCGCGGCCGAGGCCGCUGAUCUGCGCCCAGAUGCGCUGCAGCCGAGUUUCAAUAUGAAAACAGGAGUGAACGAGUGUGAGGUGUUUAUCACCGGAAACUCUGCUUUUUCCAUACUCUCACCGCGAGGCUUCUACUGGCUCCGUACGCGGAUGAAGGACAAGUCGUAUGAACUCCAUAUCCCAAUGUUGAAGGCGCACCAGGCCCUCCAGAAGAGCAUUACUGAGUCCACCAAGAUUUGGAUUGAUCCUGUUGUGAAAGAGGAGCUAGCGCCACUACCAUCCCGGGAGGUGUGUUUGCAUCUCAUGGACUAUUGCUACAAGAACAGAGUGGACCUAGCGAAUGUGAUCACCAAAAACGAGGCGAUCUCGCUCUUGGAUACCUAUUACGAUUUUCAGAGCAAGCGGACAACGCAGGACUUGCGUUACUCGGAGUACCUCAUGUUACACGCCCUUAUAACUAGCGGGGCAGCCGUGAAGUGGUGGGCCGAUGAGUUGAAAAAUAUCAAAACGUAUUCUAGAACCAACACGCCGCAGAGCGAUACCGCGGUAAUCGACAUCCCUCCCAAGGAGUUGAAGCAAAUAGAAGAUAACAACUUGCGGUCGGCGAUUUACUACUACCACCGCAUCUCGCUCACCGGCGAUGGGAUCAAAGGGGUUCAGGGGGUGCUAACACUUGCGUUGUACGCCGAUAUGACGAUCUCGUUCCAGGUGACGUACGUCUUGUUCUCCAUGGCGAUCAGAUUCGCGCAGGAGUUGGGCUUGCACCGUCGUGAAUCCUUUUAUGGGCUCUCUGAGAAGGAGGCGGACCAAAGAAGAAACAUCUGGUUGGUGUGCUACAAUAUCGACCGAGAGUUGUGCCUCAAGAACUUCCGGCCUCCUAUCAUCAAUGACAACGACGUCUCCACGUUGUCUCCACGUGACUACCGCGAUGCCUUGGACGCCAUCAAGCAGAAGGAAAAUCUUGAGGAAUCGCCGAUCCUGGAGUUAGGCUGGUCGAAGGCUCAAGUAAUCGAAAAGCACUUGCUCCAGUUGGCUUCCAACGGCCGAGGGUUUGGGGUGUUUACUUCCUACUACUUUAGCCGUUUGUCUAUUCUCACGUCCAAAAUAUACGAUGGAUUGGGGGUUGCUAAUGCGUUUGAAAACAAGUCGUCCAAGGACCAAGAGAGGAUCAUCCAGGAGCUUUCGGCAGGAUUGCGGGAAUGGAAAGACACGAUUUGUGAAAGUAUGAGACCUGGUAACCCCAUCAACUUGGACAAGUAUGACUCUAUUGAGGACGACACAAACUCCACGUCCAGACAUUGCCUAGUUCUUUACCUCCAUUUCAGCUACCACUACCGCAUGAUGUGGGUGAAUCAGAUGUAUUACCACCAGUCUUGGGCACAUAGGGACGCUCCCGAGGAUAUGAAUAUUUCGCUCGAUCAUGAAUCUAUGCAGAUCUGUAUGCAAUCAGCGAAGAGCAUUUUGGUAUUGUCCCAGUCGGUGAUUCGCGAAGAAAGAGCGUUCUUCUUGCACUCUGCGUUCUUUAUUUUCUCUGCUUCGGUGAAUUUGUUGUGUACCAUUAUUGCUGUGCCGCAACACGAAAAGGCGGUGGAGGACUUGAAUUUACUUAUUAACGUCUGCCAGUCCUUCUUUAUCAACUAUGGCGAUAAAGCGAGCGAUGGUGAGAUAUACAGAUCCGACUAUACCUUUAAGUUGAUGUUUGCCAGCUACUGUAUCAAGAUAUUGAUCCGGGUUGCCGUUCAGGUGAUUGAGGAGAAUACUUCACACAAGGUGAUGACUCCAGAAUUGACGGCGUUUCUCGAUAUUUCCAACGCUUUAGAUACUUCCAAGAGGAGAAAGCCUGCCAAACGCCAUGAAAAGACAAAGUCUAGCUCGAACUUGAACCCUUCGGCCAUGAAUGGGGCUGGCGGUGUGUCUAAUGGAGCUCUGCAGCCGGCGUAUCCAAAUGACCAGUUCGUCAGUCCUGACCCCCGCAGAAGUGGUACGCCUUCAAGUAUCUCGCACCUCCUUCAUCCAGAUCCGUACACUCAGAUGCAAUCCCAACCGGUCUCCAACGCGAGCACCAUGACGUCUCCAAAUGAAUCAACCUCAACGAACGAAAUUUUCAACUUGCAAGACCUGAACGUGCUUCUCGGCGUGGACGAAAACACGAACUUCUUCCAAAACAUGUUCAAUUUGCCGAAUUUUUUCCUCAAUAUACCCGACGGUAAUAAUCCAAAUAUAGCAAACAUGAGCCCUACAGGAAAUGGUAUCCCCCAGGGCUUUAGAAAUGACCAUCCACAGGCCAUGAACCAAGGGUUUAACGGAAUUAGCAACCAGUUCAAUGGGUCGCACAACGGCCAGUUGAACCGCGGGUCGCAAAACGCCAGCGGCAAUCCCUAUGCCGGAGCGUUUGGGGAAGACUUUAUUGGAUUCUAACCGGAGGCGGCAGUCUGUUGGAUAUGAUAUUGCCUUUGGCCGAGCUUUUCCUGGUUCCCUCUUGCUGUCAUAGGGGUGGAUUUCCUUUAGGAAAGCUCCUCCUAGACGUGUUGAGCGAGUAUCCCUUUGGAUCUCAUGCACCCUCCUGUGUCUCUUUCCUUCUAAUUUGGAGUGCCUUGUACCCUAUCUACAAUCGAGCACAGUGCGCCAAUUUAAACCUCCUUUCUUUUCUCUUACUCGAUUUUUCUCAGACAUAUAUAUUUAACUAAAUUUAUGAAUUAUGAAACCAAGAGAGAAGAGGACGCUGUAGGCAAUAAAC